GAAGUAUUAAAGGCAUACAAGCAACCUACCACUGCCAAUAAGCUUCCAUGCCACCCAAAGCAGGAGUUGACAAGAAUGCUAAAGUGAGGGCAAGAAGUUCUGGCGCAGCCUCUUCACAAAGAGCAGCUUCCACAAAGUCUUCUAAAGCUGAGGGGACGGCCACCGAGGCUGUGGUAGAUGGUCAAAGUAUAUGGCUCGCAACGGAUUCGCUGCAGAAAACCAAAGCGAUGCGGAACUACUUCCAGUUGGAGCGUGACCGCAUUGCUGCAUUCUGGGAUAUAUCGAAAAAGCAGCUCGAUGACGUCAAGGAACGGCUUCGGGAGAAGAACCAGGAGAAGUUAAUGAUGAUGGAUCGACACGAGGUUGAAAAGAAGAUUUUUGAGCAGAAAAUAAGGCACUUGCUUUACGAAAACCAACUCCAGUUAUCUUCUUCACGAGAAGAAGCUGAGCGCGCCUUAGUAGAAAAGCAGGAGGCGUAUCGUCAAAUAGAAAGUGACGCGAUGCGGGAUGUAAAGGACGUGAAAUUGCUUAAUCGAGAGAUGGAGGUUCGUCAAAUGGAGCAGCGAAUGACGUUGGCGGCGCAACAAGACAAAGAUAUAUCGGAGCAGCAAGCUAGAUUUGAGCAUGAGUGCAAAAAAGCUCAUCUAAAGUACGAACAAAUGCUUAAAUCCCUUCGUGAGGAAAUGGAUCACGCGAGGAUCGAGGAAAUUCGUCAACUAGAAAAACGAAAGGAACAGCAUGUCGCUGAGCUACGGGAGAUGCAUGAUCGAACGUUCAAGGAGGUUAAGGAUUAUUUCCGGGAGAUUACCUCCAAUAAUUUAGAAACCAUCCGCGCGCUGAAAGACGAGGUAUUUGCUCGAAAGCGUACUGAGGCACAUAACGAAAAGGCGAUGCAUGAGGUGGCUUAUCGAAAUAAAAAGCUAACGGUACCUUUCAUUGAUUUGCAGCGUCGAAAGAAAGAGCUGGAGGCUGAGCUAGUGAACUACCAUGUGGAUAAGGAAAAAUUGCUAAUCUUGAAAGCGAAGACAAAAGAGACGGACCAAGAACUCCAGAAGCUUUCUUGGGAGCACGAGGUACUCAGCCAGCGUUACGCAAAGCUUGUUGAGGACCGCGAUUUAAUUCUCAAAAAAUACAAUCAGAUGCUUCAGGACAUUCAGAAGAAGUUAACAUUCCGGCGGGUUCUGUUGCAGAAGAAAUUAGAAGUUGUUCAAUCUCAAUUGGAGGGCAGAGAUGCAAAGCUCACCGACUUUUUGAAGAGGGCCAACUUGAGUGAGGAAGAUAUUCGGAGACUAGGGGAAAAGGUUCACGACCUGGUAUCUGAAAAAGAAAAGGCAAUAGAAAACCUUGAGCAUCUUCUGAUGCGCAUGGCCGAGCGCUACGAGGAUAUCACGAGCACUUAUGAGGCUUACUUGGAGAACAACACAGUUUCCCUAAGGGCGUGAUAUUACUUUUAUGGUUUGAAUAAGAACACUAGAUAGGAUAGGAUAUCCAGUGUUUCGAUGUAAAUUAACUGUUCAGUGUACAGGUACAU